AUGUCCCGCAAAUCUGGCAUCUGCUCCCUUGGUGUUCAGGACGGUCUGGCACGGUGCCGUCUUCUGUUGCCGUCCCACGCCGUAUAUCGCGUGACAUUGAGUCUAAAGAAACGGGAGGAUUUGUUGGAAGAGCACAGAAUGAGCAACAAAGAAGGAGAGGGAAAUGAAACGAGGUGUGGUUCACGACUUAUAGAGCUUAUAGAGCUUAGAGCUUAUGGAGCUUAUAGAUAG